UUUUAGGUGUGCUAUAUUGGAACAAUACAGAAUAUAUCGAAUACGGUGCUACGCAUAGCUGGAAGGAUAUGUCUGUUGUCUCGAAAGAAGCGGAUGCUGCUACGUUGUCGGUCGAGCAGCCCUCCGACCAGCUUGAUGAUAAAGAGAAAGUGUUUUCAAGUGUUUUUCUAUCGGGACAGGGCCCAUCGAAAGAAGACGACGAAAUGAAAACUAACUGCAAUAAUACGUCAAGUGUUCCGUCGGUGGUGCCUCUGAGCCGUAAACGAAACCGACGUAUUUGGACGCUUGUUAGCGGAGAUGGUCACGAUUUUAGAUGCAAUGCAUGCAAAGGAAUUAUCAAAUGCUGUUCACCUACAAAUAUAACUCGACACUAUGCAAAUAAUCAUCCCGAAGUACUGAAAACAGAGGAAAUAUCAGUCGAUAUGAAGAAGGAAUCGGUUGAACUCGUUUUAGAGCAAAAUCCAAAAGAUGCAAUGAUUCCUGCAAAUGAUAUAUCAGGUGGUACCAGAAUGAAUACUGGAAAAAUAGAUUGGUCUUCGCCAUCUAUCAGGAAGAUUUUGGAAAAAAUUGCAUCUAGAGAGUUAACGGAAAAAAUGGGAACAGAUAUGAUCGCGUAUAAAACUGGAUGUCAACUGUCACAGUCAACCGUUCGGAAACGAGUACAAUGUUUACUUGAGGAGAAGUAUGGGACAUAUUCAUUACUGAGGAAAAAUAAUGAAACAAUGGUGUCAUCUGCACAAGUAAAAGAUGGAAGAAAUGAACCAGCUGGGUACUUAUCUGUGGACAAUGCUAGCAGCGAGGUGAAGAAGUUCGUUAAAUCAUCAGACAAAAAGGAUCAGGAGCAGCAGUUGUCCGAUGUAACCGUGAGUACAUCUCCUGUACCACCAAUACCCCGGCAGGUCCGUUCCCUACGAUUGAGCCGUUCAUCGAUAGUAAUUCCGGAAAAGGAUGAUCCAUCGAAAGUGCGAAUAUAUCGGUGUAGUGCUUACGGACGAGGUAAGCAGGGUGCAACGUGCUACUAUCGGUGCUCUAAAUGUGAUUCCCUUGCUAACAACAAGUUGAAGAAUUCCGGCACAUCAGCAAAUGAGCAUGCAAAACGUUAUUUUGCCCAUAUUAAGACGAAGGAUGGACGAAUAAUCGGAAAUGCUUAUCCAGAACAUUUGCCGGAAUGCAAACCAGUACCAAAGGAAGUUCAACAGCUUCAGGAAAUUGACCGCGCUUGUAGAGCGAGAAUUCAGGCUGGUAAUCUAACACCCGAAGCAGCCAGGAACCUAGGGGCACUGGUAGCACAGAAAAACCGUGAGCUGAAGAGGCAUAUCCAAGAUGAUGAUACUUUUCCGGAUAAAUGGAAAUCACUUCCUAAGAAAUACAGUCGAUUGUGUCAUCAAGCGGAAAGGAUGAGGAAGCAAAAGAAUCGACAACUUUUAAGGAUGAUGAACAAUGAACAAGGAUAUGGUGAAACCGAAGAAGAUCAGAGCGGUAUUGCGCAUGAAGCGGAAAUUAUGAGCGGGCGUUUCAAGCAUCCACCACUGAUCAUAUUUGAACCAGAUGGUCAGGCAGCGCGAAUUUAUCGUAUAAACGGAAAAUCGGAUAAGCUUGGUAUUAUCUAUUAUCGUUGCUCGAAAUGUGAUGUUCUUUGUCGAAGACACAGAAGAAUGGGAAAUAUAGAAGGGAUGACUCGAGCAACAGUGAAAGUGGAAGAGGAUGCGAUUCUUGAAAACAUGUAUCCUGCACAUCAUGAAGAAUGCGAAGUCUUUACACUUGAUAUGAUUAAAAAUUUGGCAGAAAAUCUCGAUCGCUUCUAUUUCGCUAAAGAUUACGAACCUGUUAUCCAUGAUUCUUCCAAAACGGAUCUCAGGUUUGCAGAUGGUACACUAAUCUCAAAAAAUCAAAUGCCUAUUGUUAGUCAUUCCGCAGUUGAACAUGUUGUUGAAGAUGACGAAAUAGUUGACAUAAGUAAUGUUGCAAAUACCGAAGAAGUGGAUGAUGACACGUGGGAAACAAGUCUGAAUCAGGAUGUACUGAAUGCUAGAGAGGAAGAUCAUGAAGGGCCUAUAGAUGCUACAUGCCGACGUUAUUACGAAUUGAACGUUGCACUGCGCCGUGUUAUGAUAGAUUGUCUAGAGGAAAUGAAAAAACUGCGAACAGAAAUGAGAAAUAUGAUGGAGGAAGGGAGACUACAAUAUGUGGAACAGUACGUGGAAGUAGAUGACGACCAUUACGAAGAAGUUAUUGUGGAUGAAAAUGACUGA